UAAUGAAUGAGCGCUUUGGCAGAGGCGCUAGUUCGGCCGCCGAGGCAGCGGUGGCGACCCUGCUGAAGACUUUGCCGGUAGAAUGGGCGGUAUUGUAUGUAAAGUGCGAGCUUAGAGGUAGCGCCGCAGGCUAUCAAUCGUCAUGGCUACUCGAGUGUGCGAGUUGUUCGGCCACCGGCGCAUCGCUGCAGGACUGCUGGUCAACUUGCUCUCCUCCAUAUGCAUCGUAUUUAUCAACAAGUGGAUUUACGUGCAGUAUGGCUUUCCCAACAUGACACUGACAUUGGUGCACUUUGUAGUGACUUGGCUAGGGCUCUACCUCUGUCAAAAGAUGGACAUAUUCGCUCCGAAAAGUUUGCAGCCUUCCAGAAUCUUCCUUCUGGCAUUGAGUUUCUGCGGCUUCGUGGCUUUCACCAACCUGUCCCUUCAGAACAACACCAUUGGCACUUACCAGCUCGCUAAAGCAAUGACCACGCCGGUGAUUAUCGUCAUCCAGACUGUAUACUAUAAGAAGACAUUCUCCACCAAAAUUAAAUUAACCUUGAUCCCGAUCAGUGUGGGUGUUGUUCUAAACUCCUACUAUGAUGUGAAGUUCAACUUCUUGGGAAUGCUGUUUGCAGUCCUGGGUGUCCUCGUCACUUCACUUUAUCAAGUGUGGGUUGGAGCAAAGCAGCAUGAGCUUCAGGUUAAUUCCAUGCAGCUGCUCUACUAUCAGGCCCCCAUGUCUUCAGCAUUUUUACUUCUUAUCAUACCAUUCUUUGAACCCCUGACUGGAGAAGGAGGGAUCUUUGGGCCAUGGUCUGUCUCAGCGGUGGUUAUGGUCCUGUUCUCUGGUGUUAUAGCAUUUCUAGUAAACUUAUCUAUUUACUGGAUUAUUGGAAAUACCUCUCCUGUUACAUACAACAUGUUUGGUCAUUUUAAGUUUUGCAUUACUCUCCUGGGAGGUUAUAUGCUAUUUGAAGAUCCAUUGUCUUUGAAUCAAGGCUUGGGUAUUUUCUGUACAAUGUCUGGGAUUUUGUCAUACACACAUUUCAAACUAAGUGAACAAGAAGAAGGGAAGAGUAAACUAAUGUCAAGGCCAUGAUAUCAUCAGAAGACUUUUUUUUUGGAGUUGGAAUAGUAAAAUGGAUCUGCAACACAAGGAAGAAUGAAGAAUACACAAUGUGAAAAAUAUAUAAUGCCAUAGUUUUAUUUAUAGAAUAUAUUGUGCCAUAUCCUGUAUUCUUCUGCCAGUUGGCUUUUUCAUUUUCUUUUUAUACUGCCGAGGAGGACAAGAAAACUACUUGAUUCAAACCAAAGACAAUUUAAAGUUUUCUAGGGCCACCCCAGUAAAGCAGUGCAUUAAAUGUACUUAGUGUAUAUGGUAAAAAUUGAAAUGAAAUCAUGAAAACAA